CCGCUCUACAGUCCAGUUGUCGGGAUGGUGCAGCUGUACAACCUGCACCCGUUCGGGUCGCAGCAGGUGGUCCCCUGCCAGCGGGAGCCAGAGCAGUUCUGCUGCGGCGGGCGGGACGCGUUGUUUGUGGCUUCGGGCUGCAAGGUGGAGGCUUUCGCCGUCCAGGGAACAGGUCUGUGCCAGCCACGUUGUGCCUUCUCCACGUUAGGCAGAGUGCUGCGCAUGGCCUACAGUGAAGCCGGAGACUAUCUGGUAGCAAUUGAAGAGAAAAACAAAACUAUAUUCUUGCGUGCUUACAUGAACUGGAGAAGUAAGAGGACUGAAAAUUCCCGUGUGUGCAUUCGAAUGGUUGGGCACAAUGUGGAGGCACCCUUCUGUGAAAGCUUUAAAGACCAGAUGUCUAUAAUUGAAAUGCCAUUGUCUGAGACUCCUUUAUGCAUUUCAUGUUGUCCUGUGAAAGGAGAUCUACUUGUUGGCUGCACAAAUCAGUUAGUCCUAUUUACUUUGAAGUACUGGAUCAUUAAUGAAGAAUUCUCAGUGUUGGACUUUGAACGUUCAUUAAUUAUACACAUAGAUAAUAUCACUCCUGUUGAAAUUUCUUUUUGUGUUGGGUAUGUCGCUGUCAUGUCUGAUUUAGAAGUCUUAAUCCUAAAACUGGAGUCAGAUCCUUCAAAGGGAGAGGGAGUUAAACACCACCCACAAAAAACCAACAACCAGUUGAAACAGAUGGAAGAUGUCAGUAAUGACACUUCACGGCUUGAAUCAGAGGAUUUUGUUAUCUGCCUAAAACCCAUGGAGCUUCUUGGUGAGAAGUGUGAACAGUCGGGAAUAUCUGUUAAACUGGAGUCCACAGGAUUAGCCGAUGAAAAAGUAAAAUAUUUAAGUGUUCAGCACCUGCUAUAUAGACGUUUUGCUCCUGAUAUUUCAUUCUAUGUCUUGUCUGAUAACAUCAAGUUACAUUCCCUUCAGCUGCUACCUAUUCACCAAACAGGUUUUCCUCCUGAUGGAAAAGAUUUGUCUCAAGAAAAAGAGCUGCUGGGUCUCUUCUGUUUCUUCUCAUUACCUCACGUGGGCUAUCUGUACAUGGUUGUGAAAUCUGUUGAGUUAAUGUCAGUCUAUUGGUAUCCUGAGAAGUCUCAGCAAGCAGUGCUCACACCACAGUUUUUGCAUGUCAUCACAAGCCAAAGCCUGCAGUGUUUCACGGUGCGGUGCAGUGCAGCAGUGGCUCAUGAAGAGGACCUGUGCAUGGAUACUACGUUGAAGGCUUGCCCACCUGUCACUAUGGAUGUGUGUGCUCUAAGAAUACAGCUUUUCAUAGGCUUGAAAGCCAUCUGUCAUUUUAAAAACCACAUCAUACUUCUGACCAAGGCAGACCCUGAAUCCAUUCCAGAGAAAAAAGAGUCACCCAAGAGGCUUCUUUCUAGAAAAGAUGCCAGUGUUAGGAGCAGAAUCCCUCCCACAGCCGAGGCCGGAUGGAAUCUGUAUGUUGUGAAUACCAUUGCACCAGUUCAGCUAUACAAAGAAAUGGUAGACUACAGUAACACCUACAAGACUGUGAAAACCCAGAGCUGUAUCCACUUGCUCAGUGAGGCUCAUCUGCUAGUGAGAGCUGCCCUGAUGGAGGGCAGUCAGUUGGAGCCUGCAGAGAAAGCAGAGCUCUUAGAAGCAUUUAAAGAAAGCUGUGGGCACCUCGGAGACUGUUACAGCAGGCUUGACACUGAGCAAUCCCACCUCGCCUUACCAUACUAUAAGAUGUCUGGUUUGUCUCUGGCUGAAGUUUUGGCCCGUGUGGACUGGACAGGAGAGAGUGAAUCACAGAAAUAUGAGAGAGGAUUAAUAUUUUAUAUUAAUCAUUCGCUUUAUGAAAACCUGGAUGAAGAAUUAAGUGAAGAAUUAGCAGCAAAAGUGGCUCAGAUAUUUCAUGUGGCUGAGCCGAAGCAACUGCCUCAUGUCCUCUGUAGUCCUUCUAUGAAGAAUAUCAGUCCUUUAACUGCCUUGCAUUAUUUAAAGAAUCUGGAUACUUGUGAAUUUUCACCAGUCUUAGUGACCUUGACCAAGGCAGCAAUGGCCUUGAAAAUGGGAGAUCUUGACAUGUGCAAAAAUGAAAUGAAGAGCUAUUCAGAGAUGAAGCUGGUAUAUGGCUUCAUUCUGGAACCUCGGCUGUUAAUUCAACAGUGGAAAGGCAAGAUUGCUCCUACUGAACUUGCAAUUCACUUGAAGGAAACUCAGCCUGGAUUGCUUGUGGCUUCAGUCCUGGGCUUACAGAAAAAUGGUAAAAUUGGAAUUGAAGAAGCAGAUUCUUUCUUUAAGGUGCUGUGUGGAAAAGAUGAAGACACAAUUCCUCAGCUUUUGGUAGACUUCUGGGAAGCUCAGCUGGUAGCUUGUCUCCCAAACAAGGUACUUCAGGAACUCUUCUUCAAGCUUAUAUCUCAGUAUAUCUGGAGGUUAUCUAAGAGGCAGUGUCCUGAUACCAUACCAUUGAGAACAGCAGAGGAUUUGAUAAAUGCCUGCAGUCAUUAUGGCUUCGUCUAUCCAUGGGUUCAUGUCUUAAUAUCAUCCGAUUCCUUAGCUGAUAAAAAUUACACAGAAGACCUUUUGAAACUACAGUCUCUCAUAUGUGGCCCUUCAUUUGACGUAGCUUCCAUUAUUCCAUUUCUGGAGCCACUCUCAGAAGACACUGUUGCUGGCCUCAGUGCUCAUGUUCUGUGUCGUACACGAUUACAAGAGUAUGAACAGUGCAUAGACACAUUGCUAGAGAGAUGUCCGGAGGCAGUCAUUGCAUAUGCUAAUCAGGAACUGAAAGAAGAACACUGGAUUCUGUGGUGGAAAAAACUGCUGCCUGAACUUUGUCAGAAAGUCAAGUGUGGUGGAGAGAAACAUCAACUUUAUCUGUCAUCGUUAAAAGAAGCCUUGUCAGUUACUGCUAUGGGAUUGGACCUGAAGGAUUUCUUAAAUGUUCUCCCAGAAGAUGGUGCUGCAGCAUUUUUCCUGCCCUACCUCCUUUUCUGCAGCAGGAAGAAAUCACUGACUUGAACUUAUCCUUUGCAAUGCAUAAGCAACUGCACUUUAAAUGUUAAGUCCCAGAUAAAAUGAGCCCAAAGGGUUCUGUGUUAAUGUGUAUUGCAGCUGCUUUAUGGUGCUUGUUUACCUUACCAUGUAAUGAUGGCUGUUCGCUUAAUCUAUAACCUGGACCCAUUUAUUAUCCAGAAUGUAAAAAAAAACAAAAAACA